AGAGAGAGAACAUGGGAAGAGAAGAAGAUGACAACAAGAACGGAGACGGAGAGAGAAAGCUGGGAGAUGAAACGCCGUCAUCUUUCUUGGACGGAACGGGGUUGGUUUGUGUAACGGGAGGGACUGGUUUCAUUGCUUCAUGGCUCAUCAUGCGUCUCCUUCAACGUGGCUACUCAGUUCGAGCCACCGUUCGAACCAACCCAGAAGGGAGUAAGAAAGAUAUAAGCUACCUAACCGAACUCCCAUUUGCUUCGGAGAGGCUUAAAAUAUUCACCGCGGAUCUCAACGAACCGGAUAGUUUUAAACCGGCUAUCGAAGGAUGCAAAGCCGUCUUCCACGUGGCACAUCCCAUGGACCCGACCAGCAACGAGACCGAAGAGACCGUAACGAAACGCACCGUGCAAGGUCUUAUGGGGAUACUGAAGUCAUGUCUGGAUGCUAAAACCGUGAAGCGCUUUUUCUACACGUCAAGCGCCGUGACCGUUUUCUACGGCGUUGGAACCGGUGCUGGAGGAAACGGUGGAGUAGUAGAUGAGAGCGUUUGGAGCGACGUGGAAGUGUUUAGGAAUCAGAAGGAGAAGAGAGUGAGUAGCUCUUACGUUGUGUCAAAAAUGGCGGCGGAGACGGCGGCGCUUGAGUUCGGCGUGAAGAAUGGAUUGGAGGUUGUGACGCUUGUGAUCCCUCUCGUUGUCGGACCUUUUAUAUCUCAGUCGUUGCCUUCAUCCGUCUUUAUCUCUCUCGCCAUGAUCUUUGGAAAUUUCAAGGAGAAGUACUUGUUCGAUACUUACAACAUGGUGCAUAUUGACGAUGUAGCAAGGGCGAUGAUAUUUCUAUUGGAAAAGCCAAUAGCGAAAGGGAGAUAUAUAUGUUCGUCCGUGGAGAUGAAGAUCGACGAGGUCUUUGAGUUUUUGUCUGCGAGGUUUCCUCAGUUUCAGCUACCUUCAGUUGAUUUGAAGAGUUACAGAGUAGAGAAGAGGAUGAGUCUGUCGUCGAAGAAGCUGAGGACUGCAGGGUUUGAGUUUAAGCAUGGAGCUGAUGAUAUAUUCACCGGAGCUAUAAAGAGCUGCCAAGCGAGAGGCUUUCUUUAAAACUCUUAUGGGUUUUUGAUUUUAAAUUUGUAUAUGAAUUGAAAAUAUCAUUUAUUUUAUUCCAUUUUGUAAGGUGUUCUGCCUGUUGACGAAAGAAAAAAAUGUUUCUACUUUAUAUAUAUUUUUGAAUAAU